AUGCGUCACUCAACGUACCUCGAGGUCAGUCUGCGGAACAUCGCCGAUAAUGUCGAAUGCGUGCGGCGCCUCGCUGGCGCGGCGGAAGUGAUCGCGAUGGUGAAGGGCAACGCCUACGGGCACGGCAUGGAGACUGUCUCCCGGUACCUCCACGACGCGUGUGGGGUACGCAACUUCGGCGUGGCCUCGCUGGGCGAGGCGCUGCUGCUGCGCGCGACUCAGCCGUGCAUAGCGACAGACCCCCGCAGCGAGAUCUUCGUCUUCUCCGACACCGAGGUGAUGAACGAGGGCUGCCAGAGCUACUACGAGCAGGGCGACCAGCCGGCGGCGCGGCUCACGCCUGUUUUGGCCACCGUCUCACAACUAAAGGCGUUCUGCGCCUCCGCUGCGUUCGACGGCACAAAGCUGUGCCUGAAGCUGAACACCGGCAUGAACCGCCUGGGGCUGCGCCCGGACGAGCUGGCGGAGGUGCUGCCCCUGCUGCGGCAGCGGGGCGGGGUGGACCACCUGCUGCAGCACUUCAGCGUGGCGGCGGCGGCGGCGCGGCGUGCCGAGACGCAGGCCCACUAUGAUACAUUCAAGAGGGCAGUGCAGUUCCUGCGCGACGGCGGGGUGGAGGUGCGGGCCACGUCGGUGAGUAACUCAGGCGCCGUGGAGCAGCGGAUUGGGCUGGAGGAGACGUACGUGCGCCCGGGGCUCAUGCUGUACGGCCCGCGCAGCGUCACCGACCAGAGGCUGUGGGCCGGGAAGCCCGCGAGUUGCCUCUACACCAAAGUUCUGCACCACUUCCCGGUGCGGAGGGGCGAGGGCGUGGGCUACGGCUUGGAACCCACCUCGGCGGACGCCGUCGUCGUGAUGCUGCCGCUCGGUUACGCCGACGGCUUCAUUCGCGAGUACAAGGGGAUGGCCGUCACCGUGACGCCCGACGGCGCCGCCGACCCCAUCGCAGGCACCGUGCACGGCAGCGUCAACAUGGACAUGACCGCCGUCGUGGUUUACCCGGAGGAGGUCGGCAAAGACAUUGGCGCCAUCAUGGCCGCGGUGAAGGACGAGGCCCGCAUCCGUGUCUGGGGCGAGGACGUUGGGGAAAAGGCGGCGUCUGUGGGGUCGAUUCCGAACCAGCUUUUCUGCGGGAUUUCUAUCCGUGUCCCGCGAGUAUACACCACGUAG